UUGAUUAUCAAUAAAUUCAAAUUCAGUUCUGAAACUGUUAAGAAAUGUUAUAAUUUUUGAAGGAAGCAUACAUAAAUAAACAAAAACAGUCAGAAAUGUUUGUCAAAUGAGAGAAUUUCACUAUCUCUACCCUAACCCUCAAGUUCAGCCCCGCUCCCCUUCAUGUCUCCUCCUUUAUGCUGCAGCUAUAAAUAUUUGCGGAUCAUCUCAUUUAGCUGAGAGGAAAGCGGCUGAGUAAAAUUUUAUGUGUAAUUUAUUAACAACUAAUGAAAGUUUUAAUAUUGUAUAAAAGUGCUUGCUGUUUGUUCUUUGAUUAAUCUGCUCAUUUAUUAACAGGUGGCUGAGAAAGAAUAUGUCAUAAUGAGGUAACAUGUAUUUGUAAAACAGUAUUUAAAGUUUGUUUUUUUUUCAUCUGGUCAAAUGCUCUUUUUCAUAUCGAAAAGGAUCAUUCAUAACAUUAUUACUGAAUUGUCUUUUUCACUGUGGGAUAUUGUGUAGAAAAUGGAAAACUCCAGUGAGAUUGUGUCAUUUGUGCUGGCUGCUUAUGGAAAUGUUGGGGAGUUCAAAUACAUGUAUUUUGUAAUAAUAUUGUUCUGGUACCUCUCUAUAUGUGUGGCCAACACAGUCCUUAUUGUGGUCAUACGUGUGGACAUACAGCUGCAUGAGCCAAUGUAUUUACUGCUUUGUAGUUUAUGUGUGAACCAGAUAAAUGUCAGCACAUCGCUGUAUCCUCUUUUGCUCUCACAGAUGUUUUCAGACAGCCAUGAAGUGACCCUGCCGUGGUGUUUUCUGCACAUGUCUUGUAUGUACAUAAGUGGACCUGCUGAGUUUUGCAGUUUAGCAGCCAUGGCCUAUGACAGAUAUAUCUCAAUCUGUCAUCCAUUACGCUAUAAUGUCAUUAUGAACACAGAGAGAGUGUUUUUCAUGAUUCUGUUUGUGUGGAUAUAUUCAUUCCUUAGUGUAAUACUAUCAUUCUCAUUUAUCUUCAGUUUGAAAUUUUGUGGAAGUAUUAUUGAAAAUGUGUAUUGUAACCACAGACUAAUAAUUAGACUUUCAUGUUUGGUUUCAGUCCACAGCUUUUUAUCUGAUAUAUUCUUUCUCUUCGUGAGCUUUUUCAUACCAUUCACUCUCAUUUCAGUGUCUUAUGUUAAGAUUUUGGCAGUUUGUCGAAAAACAUCCACAGAAAACAAGCAGAAAGCUGUGACUACUUGCGUCCCUCAGAUCGUCUCUGUGUCAAACCUGUUUGUUGGCUCAAUUUUUCAGUGUAUCGAUUCCAGCGUUAUAGUUGCUCGUCUACCAGUUCGUAUAAUUUUAUCUAUAUAUCUUUUCAUCUGUCAACCAAUGCUGACUCCAUUUCUGUAUGGAUUUAAUUUGCCCAAGAUAAGGCAAUCAUGUAAAAAGCUUUUGUUUAAGAAAAAACAAUAGCUUUG